AUGAAGGUCGAACUUGAUGCUUUCAGCGGUGCCAAAAUCUACCCUUCAAAGGGUAAGAUCUAUGUCCGCGGUGACUCCAAGGUUUUUAGAUUCGUGAACGGCAAGUCCGAGUCACUUUUCCUCCAGAGGAAGAACCCUCGCAGAAUUGCCUGGACGAUCUUGUUCAGGCGUAUGCACAAGAAGGGUAUCUCUGAGGAAGUCGCCAAGAAGCGUACCCGCCGUACCGUUAAGUCCCAGCGUGCUAUUGUCGGUCUUUCCCUCGACGUUCUCAAGGAAAAGCGUUCCCUCCGCCCAGAAGCCCGUCAGGCCGCCCGCGCCCAGGCUAUCAAGGAUGGAAAGGCCAAGAAGGCUGAGGCCGAGAACAAGAAGAAGGCUGAGAAGGCCAAGAGCGCUAGUGUUGCUGCUCGCGGUGGAAAGGUAUCAAAGCAGGGUGCGAAGGGUGCUGCACCCAAAGUCCAGGCCAAAUCCCGUUAA